AUGGUAUCAUUACCCAACAGCUUGGAUGAGUCUCUCCAGACGCCAGCCAAGUCCAACGAGGACAGAUACGACGCCGGCUUGCUGGAAUACACAGCACGGAAGUGGACUUCGGCAACACCGCCGGAGAAGAUCGAUGACAUCAACGUACUUCGACAACGAUGUCACCAGCAGAUCACACAGAUCGUGCUGGCCGACAAACUCGUAAACUCAGCAGAAGGCUCAUCCGCACGGUCGGCAGAAACUCACCGCCUCGAACGGAAGAGGUGGGAAACCGAGAACGAAGGCCUCAACAAGGUCAUUGCCGACCAGCAACGGGAAAUGGACCGGCUGAAGGCCCUCCUGAAACGAUUCGAAGGACCUUGUCGGUACGACGCCAACGAAGUCGCCAACCUUAACGACAAGUUGGACCGGUCAACACAGGCCGUCCUCCAACUUGGCAGACAACUCGAAGCUGCAGAGAAAGAACUGGCCGACACACAGUCAGCCUUGGUCGCCUCGGAACAAGCCGCGGGACACUUCGACGAAAUGUUGAAUCGGGCUAACGAAGAAGCCGAAGUAUACCGCAACGAAGUGGAUCGGUAUAUCGUCGAACUGCAGCGGGCCGACAACGAGGUCGACCAGCUCCGACAACUGACCGACCGACUCCAAAAGGAGUUGGAAAUUCUGACGGCCAGGAGCAGACAACAAAGUCCAGCUCACCAUGGCCGACCAUCGGAACGAGGAACCCUCAUUGCCGACCUGGAGGAAGCUAACACACAGUUAACCGACCAGGUAUACGGCUUGAACGAGUACCUCAAACAAGAGGAGAAACUCAGAGCUCAGCUGGAAUACAGCAUGGCCGAAGCUCACAAGGUGAACGAAGCGCAACGGAACCGCAUCGCGUACCUUGAAGCCCGUGAGAACGAACUGUUCGACUACGGCACAGAAGCAGCCAGCAACAUCACAGAGAUGAUGCGGCAAAUGGACGAGUUGGACACCGAGAUCCGGUGCCUUCGGGAGGAAAAGAAGGACCUGGAACAAACCAGGGCCGACCCCCCAUCCUACAGGACGUCCAUGGCACAGGACUACCACCAGUCGCAAACAAUGCGCGACAUCCUGUGGGGCAAUAAUCCGGCCCAAGAACUGUGGAAGAAGGAGACAAACACAUCCUACUUCGUCGGAGUCGUCACAACCGACCCGUCCACCGGAGCGCACUCACAACCGAAUCCGGUACCUAGUCAGCCCGAGCCGGAGCGUAACACGUCAACAACGACGUCGUACGUCCCGACCUCGAACGUGCCGACUACGACGACAGCAACGGCUGGUGCGAAUACGAGCACCUAG